GUCACCUGCAAUCGCAAUCCUCGUCGCCCUAGCUGUCCCCUGCAAAGAAAGAAAUCUCUUCCUCCAUCAAAACUUCCUCUUAAAAAUCUCAAAUUCGCUUCUUUGGGUUGAUAAAUCUCUACACAAAUGGCAGCUUCGGCUCUUUCUGCUUCUCUGAGUCUUUCUCUUUCUACCAGAACCAGACCCACUUCUGUUUCACCCCUUUCUCCGAGAAGCUCGAGGAGGUUGAGUGUAUCUGCAUUGUCAUCCCCUUGUGGAGACUAUUCUACAAUGGCGUUAUCUGGUAGAACUUCUGGGCUACCUAUGAAGGUCAACAAGAAGGGCUUCCAUGAAUCCAAUCCAAGCUAUGAUGCAAUACAAGCUAAAACAGGGAAUCCACCUGUGAUGCCAGCAGUAAUGACUCCAGGAGGGCCGUUGGACCUUUCAACUGUGUUAUUCCGGAAUCGUAUCAUCUUUAUUGGACAACCAGUCAAUGCACAGGUAGCACAAAGAGUUAUAUCACAGCUUGUGACUCUGGCAGCAAUUGACGAAGAUGCGGAUAUUUUGGUGUAUUUGAACUGCCCUGGUGGAAGCACCUAUUCAGUGUUGGCAAUCUAUGAUUGCAUGUCUUGGAUAAAGCCAAAGGUGGGCACAGUUUGUUUCGGAGUAGCUGCAAGCCAAGGUGCACUCCUCCUUGCUGGUGGAGAGAAGGGGAUGCGUUAUGCAAUGCCAAAUGCACGUAUAAUGAUACACCAACCGCAAAGUGGAUGUGGGGGUCAUGUUGAAGAUGUGAGACGUCAAGUGAAUGAAGCAGUUCAAUCUCGCCAUAAAAUUGACAAAAUGUACGCGGCUUUCACUGGCCAACCACUUGAAAAAGUGCAACAAUACACAGAGAGGGACCGCUUCUUAUCUGUUUCUGAGGCUUUGGAGUUUGGAAUCAUAGAUGGUGUGCUUGAAACAGAAUAUUGAACUCAGGUUGGGCUUUAAGUCCUCCAUUGCUAUGCUACAAUUCAUUCCUUACCUUGAGAUUUUAGACCAUGCUUUCAUUGUUAAUGAAGAUGAUACAAAUCUCAAAUUGGGUUUUGUAAUGUUAGUGGGUCUAUCAGAGAUGGG